CAAUCAUGCCGCUGAACAUUCUCGUUACCGGUGGUGCUGGGUUCGUCGGAUCGCACACCGUGCUGGAGCUGCUGAGCGCGGGCCAUGGGGUCAUUUGCCUGGAUAAUCUUUGCAACGCAUACAGUGAUGAUGGUGGUGCCGGACCGAAGCUGCCAGAAUCGUUAAAACGGGUGCAAGAAAUUACGGGCGGUAGUGUGUCGUUCUAUGACGUGGACAUACGGGACCGGGAUGAGCUGCGGAGCGUUUUCAACAAGCACAAAAUUGAUUGUGUGGUGCAUUUCGCUGCGCUCAAGGCCGUCGGCGAAUCGUGUCGAAUUCCUUUGAAGUACUAUCAGAACAACAUUACCGGGACGAGCAUUUUGCUGGAAGUGAUGGCCGAGGUCGGUGUGUUUAAGAUCGUGUACAGCUCGAGUGCAACCGUGUACGGUGAACCGCAGAAGCUCCCACUUACAGAAAGUCAUCCGACCGGUAACUGUACCAAUCCGUACGGUAAAAGCAAAUACUUCACCGAAGAAAUUAUGAAAGAUUUGUGCGAAUCCGAUCCACGCUGGACGAUCGUUUCGUUGCGCUACUUCAAUCCGGUCGGUGCGCACAAAUCCGGCCGUAUCGGGGAGGAUCCGAACGGGGAGCCGAACAAUUUGAUGCCCUACAUCUCGCAGGUAGCCGUUGGUCGGCGGCCAUGUUUGCGCGUGUUUGGCAACAACUACGACACGCCGGAUGGGACCGGUGUGCGCGAUUACAUCCACAUCGUCGAUCUGGCGGAAGGACACGUGAAAGCAAUUGACAAGCUGGCGGGCGGCACGAUCAGUGGUUUCUGUGUGUAUAAUCUUGGCACGGGGCGCGGGUACUCGGUGUUGGAAGUAGUUAAAGCCUUCUCGAAAGCAUCCGGAAGGGAGGUCAAGUAUGAGAUUGUAGAUAGACGUGCUGGGGACGUUGCGGCAAGCUACGCGGACGUAUCGCUUGCCGCCAAAGAGCUCGGAUGGACCGCUAGACGGGGACUGGACGAGAUGUGCGAGGACACCUGGAAUUGGCAGAAAAACAAUCCAAACGGUUUUGCUGGCUAGACUUGGU